CAAUGUUGAGGUUUCUCUCCAUUUGUGCAGUCUUUUUAAUUCAUGGUGCUAACAGUUAUGAAUGUGAAAAGUCAGCUGAAACAUGUGAAACAUCUUUAUUGGUAUCUCAUCGUCUGACAAUGAUGCAUAAGAAGGUCGCUGUAUACUCAGCAGAAGGGAGGCUGUAUAAAUACGACGUGAUUAAUGUAAAUGAAUCAAACCCUAUACCCAUAAAUGAUGUUAUUACAGCAGAUGGAUGGGAGGAUUCUCGUUUGGUUGUUGUGGCGAACGGUACAUUACCAGGUCCGCCUAUUAUUGUAUACGAAGGGCAAACAAUCAUUGUUCACGUAACAAAUCACCUUAAAUCGGAAGAGGUUACAAUUCAUUGGCAUGGAAUCACUCAAAAGGGAAGUCCGUAUAUGGAUGGAGUACCCUUUUUAACACAGUGCCCAAUAUCGCCUGGCCAAACGUUUGUCUACAGAUUUGUUGCAUCACUCAAAGGAACUUACUGGUAUCAUUCUCACGUUGGGACUCAAAGAGCAAAGGGAUUGAUUGGUGCGUUGAUUGUUCGUGAGAGAACAAGUUUGGAAAUGAAGGAACAUAUAAUGACUAUACAGGAAUGGAAUCAUGACUUUGACGCAGAUUUGGAAGAUGCAAAAAUGGUGUUUGGAUUUUAUGAAAACAGAAAAAAAUUCCAAAGCUCUCAGUCACUUGACGGUCAAUUUUUUAGUAAUAUAAAAGCGCAAAGUGGUCUUAUUAAUGGACGUGGAAGAUAUUAUUCUAAUGAAAAUAGUCAUAAUGAGGCUCCACUUGAGGUGUUCACGGUAGAACAAGGCCAACAGUACCGGUUCCGGGUAAUAGCAGCAGGACAGUUAUUUCCUUGGUCUAUUUCUGUAGAUAACCACCCGUUAACAAUGGUAGCCACCGACGGGUUUGAUAUUGAACCACAGAUAGCAAAUGCAUUUGUUAUAAAUGCCGGAGAACGAUACGAUUUCGUCAUUACUGCUAACCAAACCGUGGAGAACUAUUACAUUAGAGCUAAAACUCUCGAAAUAAACCGCAACACGACAGCGGAAGCUAUACUUCAGUAUCAUGGCGCCAAUCAAAAUGCCCAACCAACGUCUGUUCCUCGGCAGUGUACAGCUGAUGACCGAUGUGUUGUUGUAAAUUGUUUCUUUCCAUAUUACCCAGAAGACUAUUUUACCGAUUGUUUACCUAUUGGUAGUUUAAAACUAAAAUCUGAUACUGACCCGGCUCCACCUGUUCAUCAAGGAAAAUUCAAAGAAUAUUUUUUAAACUUUGCUUUUCCCGGAAUUAAGUCUUUUCCUAGUACUAUCAAUGGACGAAGGUUCGUAUUUCCAACAAAGAAUGUUUUGGCUGAUCCUGAUUAUGCCAACUUUCCAUGUGAGGAAGCAGAUUGUGGCGAACAGAAACAUUGUUUUUGUACGCAUUCUUUAUCUAUAAAUCAUGGUGAUACAGUCCAAAUGAUUUUUCUAAAUAUGGGACAGGGAACUGGCUGGGCCCAUCCAAUUCAUAUGCAUGGGCAUACGUUUUAUGUCCUUAAAAUGGGAUAUGCUAACCAUAACAACAGAACAGGAUUAAAACUAGAGGGAAAUUAUGAUAUCGAUUGUAGAGGAGGAACUGAUCGUGCCAACAGUUGGUGCAACAAUGCUACAUGGAGUAAUCCAGCAUGGGCUAACGGAAAUGUGCCAGGAUUGGAAUUACUUAAGCCAGUAAGGAAGGAUACAAUAAUUGUUCCAAGUGGAGGUUAUGUGAUAACCCGUAUAAAAGCAGAUAAUCCUGGGGUUUGGUUCUUACAUUGUCAUAUUCAACUUCAUGCGAAUGAUGGAAUGGCCAUGCUUAUUAAUGAAUCGUUUCCUCAUCACCCUUCACCACCCACGGGAUUUCCUAAUUGUCAUAGUUAUACUGACAACGAACCACCACCAUCUACAACAACAACCCCUUCAUUAACGACAUCCAAAUUUCCCAUCAAUCAAGAAACAGGAACGACUAAUGGUGAUUUUUACACUAAGCAGAAUUUCUGGAUUGUAGUUGGAACUUUGUGUGGAGUUAUAUUUCUACAAUUGUGUAUUGUUGUUUACAGUUGUAGUGAUUCAUCGAGAAAGCGAGCAAGCAAAUACGAUAUUAAUGGGAAAUCUAAUCCAAACUUUAGUUAUUGAUUCAUUUUUUUAAUACAUCUUAUGAUUAAUAAUUAUAUAAGCUUUGAUGGCUUUGUGCAUAGUAAGAUAAGGCUAAAUUAACCAUGAUAGCUGUGUACAUAGUGUGUUAAAGCUCGGUGACUGCGUUUAUACUCAAACACAAAUAAUAAGUCCGGUUACACAUGGAUAUAAUUUAUUUUGAAAACUAAGGGAAAAAGGUUUUUUUUUCAAUUUAUAGAAAGAAGAAAGAAGUAAAUUUUUCAGGUCUCAACAAUUAACUGAGAAAAAAUAGAAUACUAGAAAAGAAUUUAUUUUUGUGAAUUAAGCCUCUUCACAUAGCCAAUCUCUGCUGGGACCCCUGGUUUCCUUUACUGAAAUUAUCUAUAAUAAAACAACUUAUCAUUACGUAAUGAUACAGUGUAUAUUGUCUUCUCCACACCACCAUAUAUGUUUUAUAUUUUUUUUAAAUUGUAAGAUGUUGUUUAUUGUUUUUUUUUUGUUUUUUUUCUUAUUUAAAUGUUUGUGCUAACAACCACACGUAUGCUUACUACUAUCUGUUUAUACUUGUAAAAAGUUAACAACAGAAAACCAUCCUUUCUCAAAUGUGUUAAAUGUUGUAUUUUCAUACACAUUUUAGUUUUGAACAAUAUACUACUGCCAAAAAUACCAAUUUCAG